CAGCCGCUGGGCGUGGGUGCUGGUCAUACCGCCUUUUCCAGAAUAAGGUCACAUGGGAAGGAAACGCAGGAGAGAACCGGGUCACUUGAUGUGCUGGAGAGAAGCGAUGCGCGUGUGACGUCUCUUCCUCUCCUGGCACGGAAAUUCGAUAGACUCCUACCACAGAUGCUUCUGUGCCUGCAACGCAGAUCGCAAAAUACUGACUCAACAGCCGCUCGCUCACGUGGAAGUGGAUUUUGGGAAACGAAAUGCCACCCGCUGAUCCCACGGCCCUCGCUCAGAAUCUUCCUCCCCGAGUUCCAACCGUCUAGACCCCUACACUUAUCGAUUCCGCACAUUGAACCGCUCGGUUCGUUCGCUAUCAACAAUCAAUACAGCACAAUCAGCACACUAUCCCCUAGAUACAGUAUUCCCGCGGCACAGCGCUCCGUCCCCGAAAUAGAGCCCCCGCCGCUCGCACCGGCAGCAGUGGAGUCUAGGGACACACGGUACCUUGGGCGCCGUUACGCCGCCGACGACAGCUCAGACGGUGGACCUUCCCUUUUGCCAGCGUCAUGGCCCGUCCGGCAGCGCAAGCGUGGACCCUGAACCGUGGUUCGUUUCGCCGUCCAACGUGUAGGACUAGCUGCUGCCAGCCGCACCGCGGCCCCUGAAGGAGCUGCAUCAUGGGUGGAAUUUACGCUUGAGCAAGGGUUCGGCUCCAGAGAGGACGGUAAAGGUAAAUAGACGAGAGAGAAACGCGCAGAGAAAUGCCGAAGCUGUCUC